CCCCCGCCGCCGCCCGCCCCGCCGGGUCCCGCCGCCUCCGCCCCGCUCCCCUACGGAUACUUCGGCAGCGGCUACUACUCCUGCCGGGUCGCCCGCAGCGCCCUCAAAACCGGCCCGGCCCAGGGCCCCUUCCCCGCCGAGAAGUACCUGGACCCCCCCGCGGGCAGCGAGGAUUUCCAGAGCCGCCCCGCCGAGUUCGCCUUCUACCCCGGCUACGGGGCUCCCUACCAGCCGGUGGCCGGGUACCUGGACGUGUCGGUGGUACCGGGUUUGGGGGGCCCCGGGGAGGCCCGGCAUGAGACUCUGCUGCCCGUGGAGGGCUACCAUCAGCCGUGGGCUCUGGGCGGCGGCUGGAGCGGCCAGAUGUGCUGCCCCAAGGAGCAGGGACAGGCCGGGUACCUCCUGAAAUCCGCCUUUGCAGGGCCGGGAACGAGAGGCUCCUUCCGCCGGGGCCGCAAGAAGAGGGUCCCGUACAGCAAGGGGCAGCUGAAGGAGCUGGAGAAGGAGUACGCCAGCAGCAAGUUCAUCACCCGCGACAAGAGGAGGAAGAUCUCGGCCGCCACCAACCUCACGGAGCGGCAGAUCACCAUCUGGUUCCAAAACAGGCGCGUCAAAGAGAAAAAAGUCGUCGCCAAAAUCAAAGGCGGCGGCGGCAGCAGCACCCCGUGAGGACCCGGCCACCCCCAGCCCCCGGGGUGCUCCCCCCGGUCUGUGGGGGGGGGGAGUGAAGCGAAGCGGCCCCCGGGACGGGCUGAGCCAUCCCCGCCGCCCCGGGGCAGCGCAGGGCGCUGGGCACCGCUCCCGGGGGCGAGACACCCCCCACCACCCCCCAAAAAAUGCGGGUUUGGGGGGGGUAGUUGGGAAGACGCCCCAUCCCCGCCCGCCCCGCACGCAGAGGACCCUGUACAGUUUGCUCUCGCCGUACAACGCCCCCCACCAUCACCAUAUCGCCCCCCCCGCCGUCUCCCACCGCGUCGGGUUGAACCGCAUCCUCAGAGCGCUUAAAAAAAAAAAAAUAAUAAUAACAACGAGAAAAAAUUGGCCUAAUUGCAUUAAUUAACCCCAAUACGCAACUCCCGGCUCGCCUGCGUGCGGCCGGAGCUGGGAUGUCCCGGGGAGGGGGGGGGUUUCACAGGGAAUUUGGUCUUUACAAACAAAAAAGCCGUACUCAUGGCAGGGAAAAAAUAUAAAUAUCUCCUAAAUUCAGGCAAAAGUAUCAAAAUAAGGGCGAGUAAAUAUAGUGCAAGUGUGUUGUGUAGAAACACACGUGAAUUGUUUGCGUUAAGGCGCGGGUUUGCGUAAAUGUACAGUAUAUGCGUGUGACAUAUCUAUGUAUAUGUCCCGUAUGGCAUAUAUAUGUAUAUAUUAUACAUAUAUACAUAUAUAUAGUGUACCCGUAGACACACAUUUAUGAAGACACGCGCUACGGGCUUGGUUUUUUUUUUUUGUUUUUGGUUUUUUUGCGUGGUUAUAUAUAAAAAAAUAUACAUACAUGUAUGCACACGCACAUAUUUAGCAGUAAGCGUUAUUUUACCUUUUGUCAUAUACCAUGUUUGUGUUCGUGUGUUUCUAUAUACCCCGACGUACGCAGUAUAGUCCUGGAUGUGUGGAUAUAAAUAUAUACUCAGCUAAAGGUGUAUAUACACGCGUUUGUAUCCGAACAUCUAAACAUACUUAUAUGUAUGUUCGUGCCUAUAUUUUGAUACAGGUAAAUGCAACUCGUAUAAUUCCGUACGCGCUUUCGUUUGUGCUGAUAGACGUGUAUUUGCACACGCAUUUUUCCUUCUCCUACUAAUACAGAAUUCUAGCAGUACGUUCCGUAGCAUGUGCUGAGAUAAUCCUAAUUGAUACUCAAUGCUCUUGGUUAAUAUUAAGAAUCGUCCUCAUCCUUUUCAGCAGAAUAAAUAGGGUGAAAGUAAA